AAACUACUCCUCCUAACAAACACGUCCUUAACAAAUUUAAAAUUAAAAAUAAAAUACAAAAAUCAAGUGGGCUUUGAGCUGUGAUUUAGCUGGCCCUUUCUCCCCACCCGCCUUCCUCACUAAAUAUACACAUACAACUCUCCUCACAUUUCAUUCACAAACCCCCAAAAAUCCUUAUUAUUAAUAAUAAAAAAAAGGAAAAACAAAUUAUCAAAAACCAACAACAAAAAGAAAAACCCCUUCUCCUCCUCCUCCCCCUCCUCUCCCUUCUUCUUCACCUCACACUCAAAAUCUCAUUCUCUCUCUGACUCAAACAACCCACAUUUCUCUCAGAUCUCUUUCCCUGCAAAUUUUGCUAAUUAAACUUCAACAAUCUGAGAGCAGCUCACUCUCUCCCUUCUCUUUCUUUCUCUUGUUGUUUGUUAGUAAUUGAACAAAGAUAUAUAGGAUUUUUGUCAAAUUUGUUUGAAAUUUCUGGGUUGUUUUAUAGAUGUCUCAUGUGAGAUGAAGAAGACAACAACAACCCACCCUUCUAAUUCUUUCUUCUUCGUCUCUUAUCUUUCCCUCAUCUUUAUCAUCUCCGCCGCGUUGUUGGCGGGGACAUCAUCGGGUUUCGUCGGAAAUGGGAAGCUCAGUGAGGCGGAAGUGAGGUACAUUCAACGCCGGCAGCUUUUGUACUACAAGGAUGAGUUCGGCGACCGGGGGGAGAAAGUAAGCGUCCCACCUAACCUGAGUUUCGCUAACCCGAGGUUGAGGGACGCCUACAUUGCUCUUCAAGCGUGGAAACAAGCUAUUUUAUCCGACCCGUUUAACUACACUGUUAAUUGGGUCGGAUCUGAUGUUUGUCAUUACACUGGUGUUUUCUGUGCUCCUGCACCUGAUGAUCAUUACACUGUGACGGUUGCAGGUGUCGAUCUUAACCAUGCUGAUAUCGCCGGGUACUUACCGGAGGAGCUGGGUCUUCUUCGAGACCUUGCUCUUUUUCACAUCAACUCGAAUCGGUUUUGUGGAACUGUGCCGCAGAGGUUUCGCAACAUGAGACUGUUGCACGAGAUAGAUCUGAGUAACAACCGCUUCGCUGGGAGGUUUCCGAAGGUGUUGAUUACUUUACCGAGUUUGAAAUACUUGGAUCUAAGAUUUAAUGAGUUUGAAGGGACGGUCCCUCGGGAGCUUUUUGAUAAAGAUCUUGAUGCCAUUUUCAUUAAUCAUAACCGGUUCCAGUUUGAGUUGCCGGAUAAUUUCGGGAACUCACCGGUGUCUGUUAUCGUCCUUGCGAAUAACAAGUUCCAUGGUUGUGUGCCGGAGAGUUUGGUUCACAUGGAGAAUUUGAAUGAGAUUAUAAUGAUGAAUAAUGGGUUCAGAUCUUGUUUGCCGAGUGACCUUGGUUUGUUGCAGAAUUUGACGGUGUUUGAUGUCAGUUUCAAUGAGUUGAUGGGUCCGUUACCGGAGUCUAUUGGUCAGAUUAUGACCUUGGAGCAGCUUGAUGUGGCGCAUAAUAUGUUUUCUGGGAAUAUUCCGGCGAGUAUUUGUAAGUUGCCCAACUUACAGAACUUUACUUUCUCGUACAAUUUCUUUACCGGUGAGCCACCUGUUUGUUUGCGGCUUGCUUCCACUAGUGACCGCAGGAAUUGUAUUCCGAGGCGCCCUGUGCAGCGGUCUUCUUCUCAGUGUAGAGCGUUCUUGUCUCACCCUGUUGAUUGCAGCUCCUUCGGCUGUGGUGCGUCUACUCCUACACCAUCUUAUCCUGUUAACCCACCUCCUAUCGUCGUUUAUCCUUCGUCACCGCCUCCUCCAGUGUUUUCUCCUCCCCCACCACCUCCUCCUGUGUUCUCUCCUCCCCCACCUCCUCCUCCAGUGUACUCCCCACCACCACCCCCACCAUCUCCACCACCGCCUUCACCCCCACCUCCUCCUCCCCCAGUCUACUCUCCACCUCCGCCUCCUCCAGUUUAUUCUCCACCUCCACCACCUCCCUCACCACCACCUCCAUCUCCCCCACCACCACCACCACCUUCCCCACCUCCACCAUCUCCUCCACCACCAUCUCCACCUCCGCCAGUAUACUCUCCUCCACCACCGCCCCCAUCACCACCUCCUCCUUCACCGCCACCACCCUCACCCCCACCGCCUUACAUUUACAAUUCACCACCCCCACCUCCUUACUUGUACAAUUCACCACCCCCACCACCACCUUACAUUGAACACCCACCACCUCCAGCAUCACCGCCACCUUGUCCGGAACAUCCACCACCAUUCAUGCCUCACCCAUCACCUCCUUAUGUAUAUGUCUCACCACCGCCACCAGCUCCGACAUACCAAGGUCCAAUGCCACCCAUCUUCGGAUUACCCUAUGCAUCACCUCCACCCCCACCUUUCUAUUGAUUCUUUUGAGAUGGAUAUGAAUUUUUCACCUCUAACUUCCCCUCUAUUGUUGAAAACCAUGAUCAAAUUCUCAGCUACCAUUAUUAUUACUUCAACUACUAGUACUAUCAUCACAUUUUAUUUCACUUCUUCAUCAAUUGGUGUUUUCUUUGGGCAAUACUAAUAAAGAGGUUGUUGCGAAAGGGUAACAAGUUUAUAUGAGAGUUUAGUAUGUCGUUCUGUAUCGACGGCGACAACGACAACGACGAGCAGCCGUGAAAGAAGUGAAAACAAAGAGGAGGAGGAAGGAGGAAGGUCUCUGUAUUCCACAAAAUUCAUUCAGAAAAUUGUUAAAUGGAUAUUCUGAGUUUGUCAAAUAAAAAUUGGUGCAGCCGGGUCGGAAACAAGAACAAAAUUUCAAAAAAAAAAAAGAAAAAAAAAGAAGAGUAGGAUUUGCAGGGGAAAGUGUAUGUAUAUAGGCUUUUGUUUAUGCAAAUUUGAGGAACAACCAUAAAUCUUGAUGGCUGGCUAAGGGGGAAAUUUGCAGCUAAACACUAAUCCCUGGUGUUGCUGCUAGCUGCUGCUAUGUGGGUUUUUGUUAUUAAUUUCUUUUUUUUCUUUCUUAUUUAUGAUCAUACCUUUUUUUUUAAUUUCAUUUUGAUUAUUCUCCAUAUAGUAUAAUUUUGGAACAUUUUUACUUUGUAUUCAUUUUCUCAGAAUUCAUAUCACUUUAGUUAGUCUUUUUUUC